UAUCCUGAGAUCACUGGACAACAAUUUCAGCUAAAUGGACUGGAAGGAGGUGGUCCCAUUGAUAACAAUCUCUCAGAUUUAAAACAUUCUUCCCAAGAAGAAGCUCCAGUCAGUCUAACAUCUUCCUCUACUACAGUAACAAAUGCAGAUACAAGCACAGGUAUUUUUUGUUUAUGCAGGACAGUGGGGUGGUAUGAUUGUUCCAAAUCAGCAGCCUCCAUACUGGAAUUCUGAAAAAGAGUCAGGACAGGGAUCCAGUGCUGUCCGGUCUUCUUUCAAAGCAUCUCGCCACUUCUCGGAGCUCGAAAAGGGAGUUCUGUUGAGUCUGAUUGACCUGCACAGAGCCGUGCUUGAGAGUCGUAAGGGAGAUGCUGGCACUGUGCUCCGUAAACAGCGUACCUGGCAGCUGCUUGCACAGGAGUUUAAUGCACACCCUUGUGUCUUUCAAAGGGAUGCCAAGCAACUUCGCAAAUGUUGGGAAAACAUCAAAGCUCGGGCAAAAAAGACUGCAGCCCAAGGUCGAAGAGCAAAGCUGCCCAUUGGGGAGCGAAGACCCCUGGGUAGUACAGCAAAAACUGACCCACUGAUAAGACUGGAAACUCAAAAUAGCCAGAAUGCUAAAGACAAGACUGGGUCUUCAGCUGGAGCAAACGAACAAGGUCUCAGUCUUGAAAAUCCAGAAUGGAAGAAUCUCCAUCAGCAAGGUCGGAAAAUAGUCUCUGUGGAGAGACAAUCAGGACUAGUGUCGGGAAGUAUUAGCUCUGUACGAGUGCCAUCUCUGGACAAAGUCAGAAAAGCAAGCAGUUCAACUAUAAACAAAGCAGUUCCCAGUCUGACCAGCACUACCCCAGUUACACCUUCUGCCUCCACAUCCACCGUUCAGAAGCUACCAGGAAGUAAUAGACUAGCUCAAGUGAAAGUGGUUGAUCUUUGUGAAGAUGACUGGGGAUCCUCUGUAGAUGAUGUGAUUUCCUGCAGCAGUUCAACCAAAAGCACCAGUUCACAAUCUGGGGCCACUCCACCUAUCCCUGCCAACUGUUUGCUGUUACCUUCUGGGCCAGAAAAAGCAGAUCUGUCAAGGGAUGGUCAGGAAAGAGCAGGUGAAAAUCCUAGGGCUGUUCAUGGAGUCAGUCAGCCUGUGUCCUUUAACACCUCCUCUAUCAGUCCAUUCUCUGCCUCUGGGAUUGGUGAAACCGACGGUAGACUUGGACUAGCCAAGGACAAAAGAAAACGAAAAGCCAACUUCCGAAUGCUGCCUGACAAUACAAAUGGCGUAUUUAUGGGGCCACCACGAAAGGAAGAACAGCUGCAGUUAGCUAUGGUGCGGCUCCAAAUAAGGCAAAUGACUGAAUUACAUACACUUAAGAGGCAGCAAUUAAAAAGAGCCAUGGAAAUGGCUGAGGAGGAACACAAAGCCAAGAUUAAGAUGCUUAGGCAGAAGGAGUUGUUCUGGGAGAAGAAGAUUCAGACUCUUGUGACUGCUGCACCAUCCUUCAGUUCUUCCUCCUCUUCGUCAUCUGCCUCCUCUUUCUGCUCACAGACACCUCAUCUCGCACCUGCUUGGAAAGAUAACAUGAACCGGUUCAACAAGGAGCCUAUGGACAAGAGGAUUUAAUAGGAUAUGAUCUCAGCUGGAGGCUGUGAUCCAGUUUAAUAACUUGUAAAGCAUUUAUGACAUCAAGGCAGCUCCUAAUUUGGUCAUUCACUGAAUACAAAUUGUAAGUGACUGGGUGAAAUACAAAUUAGGAAAAUUAUAUUGUUACGUAUCUACCAGUGUUGACGUGGGUGAGUUUUAAAAUAUGACUGACUGUCAUUCACCAGCUUAAUGCUCUUCAAUGUGUUACUGAUUUCAGCACCAGUACUGUGAGCUUCCUGUUUGUUCUGACUAACUCAGGCUAAAACCGAGAUUCACAUAAGAAAAUAUCCACAAACCUUGCACCAGAGUCCAGUUGCAUUCUACAGUCGGAAGAAUGUUGAUGAAGGACAGGGUUGUUUUGGUUUUUUUUUUGUUUGUUUUAAUCUCAUCAUGAUUGGAAAAUUUGUUUUCUACUGUGAAUUGCAUACUAAAGUCUGUUUUCCCUCAACAUCCAGGGGUUUAUGGAUAAGUGCGAACCUUCCCUAUGUUAUUUGAUACUCUCCUAGUUACAGUACAACUCAAGAGGUCCGCUUACUCAGCUGAGCAUGGGAAAUUCCCUUUAACUCCACUGGAUGAGCUGCCACUUCGGGCUUGGAGGCCUUGGAUUUGCAGCUAGCUUCUCCAUGUAAGGAUGUGAAAUGAAGAAGAGCGAGACCCUGAGUGUUUCCUCACUGGGGACAAGGAGAUAAGGUAAUCUUAGAAAAACUGGUCUGAAAAAGUCCUUAUGCUAUAUAGAACAAGAGGUGCAUUUGCUCCAUGGAAGGAGUCAUUUAAAUUUUUUGUAUAUAAAUCUAUAAAGAGCAUCAAGCAUGAGGAACUCUGUUUAUAAAAACAAAGUCAACCUUUAAAUGUCCUAUUAUCUUUAUCAUGUUAAAAUAAAAAUUGUGUAAUUCAGUGUUUUAA